CGGUGGCCCGGCGGCGAGGCGGCAUGCCGGGAGCGGCACGUCGGUAGUGGCGGCGCCGAGUCGGUGCCGGGGAGGCGGGAGCGGCGAUGCGGCUGCUCGGCGCCUUCCUGCGGUUGCUGGUGGCCGGGACGCUGGGGGCACCGCCCGCCCCGGCCCUAGAGGAGCGGGGGACUGCCAGCACGGAGUCGCCCGUCCUGACCUUUCGGGAGAUCUGGAAUCGUAGCUUCUGCCGGCCUCUGGAGCAGCUAGUGGACGUCAUUACCGAGUUCCCCAACGAGGUGGAGUACAUUUUCAGACCCUCCUGCGUCUCCCUGCAGCGCUGUGGAGGCUGUUGUGGGGACGAGGGUCUCCGCUGCGUCCCCGUGGAGACAAGCACAGUCACCAUGCAGCUCCUGAAGAUAAAGCCAAACGGGGAGGCACCCUAUGUGGAGAUGGCGUUCACCGAGCACAAGCAGUGCGAGUGCAGGCCUCGGCAGGACCUGAUGAGGUUGGGAAGGAGGAGGUCCAAGGGCCGAGGUAAGAGAAGACAAGACAAGAAGGAACGGAAAGACUGUGAACUAUGUGGCACACCACGCAGGUAGCCUCUGCCUUGCCCCCAGCCUCGCUCCCGCCACCUGGGUUUGAGCCAGCUGCCUUUCCCCCAACAUAGGGGACUUGUGGAGUCAUGUCCCUCCAAGCUGCAGUGGGGAGCAGGACUCCGGCACGGAAGAGCUGACUGUACUCUUGGUUGGCCCUGGUGGGAACACAGCCUGGAACCAAGGACUCCCUUGCCCCAUCUGCCCCACUGGCACCAAGAAAAAGGGACUCGUGACCAGGCCUGGGGCUGAAGAUGAGGAGCUCAAGCAGUGUGUUGGUGUUUGAGGACAUACUGGGGGCAGUGAGGAGCAGAGCGGGUGGAUGUGCUGCUGGAACCGGCUGGGGAGGACAGAAUGAUGUGGGAGUAGAGAUGGCUCACAGGGCUGCACCUGCAAAACCUCUCUGUCCUGCCAGCACUCUGCAGCUGGGGAGGAAGGAAAUCUGGGGCAGGCAAGGCUGUAGGGCUGCAUCCGUCCCAGCUUUGGCACAGGGCAGCCCAGGCAGGUGCCAGGGAGCUUGCCUGGGAAGCUAUUCUGGUGGGGAACAGAAGGGAACUGGGCUCCUCGUGUAUUCACAGCCACAUCCCAGCUUUGCCCUGCUCAAUAAAAGCUGGUCAGACAUGGGAGCUGGCAGCUCCUGUCUGCUUUCCAGCAACUGCAGGCAGGUAACUUCCCCAUGGGCACCGACUCAGGCUGGAGGAGGGCAGUGACCCAGAGCAUGUUCCCAUCACCUAUCCUCCAGCACCCAAGGGACUGGCCUUGGUGUGAUGCUGGAGAUGGGCAACCAGCAGGUUGCUCCCUGGGCUGGGGGCUAUCCAUGUGCUGGAGGUCAGGUGGGUACUGGGAGAUCCUUGGGGGAACUGCCCUUCCCCUCCGCACCACAGUGUGGGACUGGUACCUCUCCCUGUUCACCAUCCCCAUCCUGUUCUCACCCCAGUCCAAAUGUCUGGCUCAGUGUCCUGUCCUCCCUGGCAGGGCUGAUGCAAAGUUUAGGGCAGUGGAGGGUAGGCUGCCCAUGGGCCUUCCCACUCAGGAAAUGCCCCACCAGGGGUCAUUUACCUGACAUCGGGACAGGCUGGCCUGGGGCUCCCAUCCCUUACUGGGAAUACCCUCAGGGUAUAAGGAGCUGGUGCUCUCAUCAAGGUGGCUGUGGGUACUGCUGUUUCCUGCUUUCCUCACUCAGCCAACUCUCUGCCCGGGUCCAGGGGGAAGCCACGGCCCCCAUUUUUCCAUGCUUUAAGCACUUCUCCAGGACUCUUCCUGUCCUCCUCAUCCUGCUGCAGGGGGUCUGGGGCUGCCUGCAAAAUGCAUCCCAUGCUGGUCUGUGCAAGCCAUAUCCUGGAGCAGUGUGUAUAGCUGGAAACCCUAGGGUAGAGUUGGGCACCCACAUGUUUGUGGGGCACCCCUGGCACUGGGUUAAAACAAAAUCAAGGGUCAUUCUUGAAAGCUUCAAACAAAAGACUGAAGGGCAAGAUCUGCAAAUGCCUCAAGGUUACCCUUAAAUGAUGGAACCUGUGGUUUAUUCUGCUCUGAGGAACAAGGUGGAGCCUAACGUAGCAGGAGCUGGGGUCCGAGGCGGCUCCUUCCCACAUCCAACAGGGCUGCCUGUAACAGGGGUUACAUUGCAACUCUCUAAGCCAUAAUGCUGGUGUUGCCUGAGGCUGGCACAAGGAGAUGGGCACAGGGCAGAUCCCUGUCAGGGAGAGCUGGCGGUGGGUGUUGAGGUGAUGUGAACCUCCAUACUGCCACCAUGUAGCAGGGAAUGGACCAGGUGACUUGCACCUGUGCAGCUGGGCAUAUCCUUCAGGAGCUUGCUGGAUCCCUUUUGGAUCCCAUUUCCAGUUCUGGCAUCCACAGUAUCCUGGAGCACAGCCUACAUGGGCUUUGCCUUGAAAAUGGCCCAUGAAGUUCCUCCUUCACUACCUCAUGGAUGAGGGGAACUCGCUGCUCCCCUUCCCACAUCACUCAGAGUCUGUGUGGAACAUGUGGUGUCCUGUCCUGGUCCACACAGGCUUUCCCUAUCACUGUGUGUCAUUUCUGCCUGGCUGGUUGUGCUCUGAGGCCAAGGAGAACCAUGUGCAGCACUUGAGGAUGUAUGUGAUGGUUUCUGCAUUGUUUUUAAUACCCCAGUAGUGUUAAACCUUUAAAAAAGGACGUUACAUAAAUCCAAGUAUGUUAAUUAAUAAAAGUAAGUUUAUCAAGACUGAUGAUUAGGAUUAAACCAAAUUCAAACACACGAACACACAGUGGCUUUUCCAAACAAUUCCUGGUGUCUGGUGUCUGGUGUCAUCUCUUUGGUGGCUGCCUGGCACUGAGAUAUUCCAGGCAGCUCUGCCCAUCAGAUGUGGCAGGGCCAGGCAUCUGCCUUGCACAGCCCCCCUCUGUUGCUUCUUGCCCUGCAUCACCCAAGCCGCCUGGGUAGUGUGUGUGGCUUUGUCCCCUGCUCCUCUUGUGGCAUGGGGUGUUGGACAGCAGGAAUGUGGGUGCUGGGAGGGAUGUGGCUGUCCCACUGCAGCAGUGAUGAGCAGAAUAGUUGGGGCAGGGCAGGAGCAGGGGAAAGUAUCACACAAGAGGUUUGGGAGCUGCAUCUCCAGCUGUCAGGGCUCCCUCCAGCUCCACGGAGGUAAAAGGAACCCAGUGAGCCCUAGCAUGAAGUUACCAUGACUACUGCAGGCAUCACAUGCCCAACCGAAGUGUUAACUCCAUUCCCUAUCCCUGCCAGAGGGGAGAGUGGCAGGGACUUGAGCAGGACAUCACACCCAAUGGAGGUAUGAGAGUGGGGACUGCUGCUCUGAAGGGGAGAGCAGGGCUCCUGGCUUCAAGGCUUGUGUCUAACACCCAUGUUUCCUCUCAAGGGGACCAACCACUGUCCCCACUGCCUGUCCCUGCUCUGUGUGCUCCCAGCUGUAGCUUUUUUAUACCACUAGCUGCUGGCAGCCUUCCUUGGGCACAGCAGAUGUGUGAGCACUCUGGCAAGGUCAGCUUCAUCUGCAGAACUCCAUACCCCCAGGCACUGCAGAGCAGGGCUGUAGGAGGAAACUGGUGCCCUUGUAAAGGGGCCCUGAGAGACCCCAGCUCCAAAGCCAGCAGCAUUCUCCAUGGACAGGCAGAAAACCUGCUCCAGCCCCAGUGCCCCCAAAUCCCUCAUCCUGUCCCUACUGGUGUACCCCUUGCAGACAGGCAGCUGUCCCACAGGAGCAUCACACCACUGGGUUAUCAGCAUUCCUGGGCUCCCUGUGUCUUCCAGCCUUACAGGGCAAAGGUUUGUUUAAUAAGGCUUUAUGAGCCAGAGCUGCAGUAAGAUGGUUUAGGAGGAUAGUUAUAGGGAGACAAAACAUAAAGCGGCCUUACACACCAGGAACAAAAUAUUACGUUUUUUGGGAAGUAACUGAAGGUGAAGUGGAGAUUGGCCCAGAGAUGUGGCAUUGUAGCUGAUGAAGCCCUGACGUUAAACCAUCACUGGUUACCUCUGGUCUCCCUGAUUGUAGCAUGCCAUCAGAUGCCACCCACAGCCUCUCACGGCCAUGCCGGUGCAGGUCUCCCAUGCCUCCAUGCAAAUAAAGAAGCACUGAGGUCCUAACUUCUCGAUUGUGACUUACAAGUCUUUGGCAUCCUCACAAAGUUUGGCAUAAUCCUGCCUGCUGCAGCCAGUGAUCUUUGCAGUUUCAGCAUAUUUUAAGCUUUUGCCAGCUCUCAAGCGUCAAUUUUAGCCUGUGAGAAAAAAGGCAGCUCUCACUCUUGUCCCUGUUAUUUGUGCUGGUUUUCCUUUGGCAGUUCCCACUUCCCAACAAGGACCACAAGCUCUUCAACAGGUUAAUCUAAAAGUAAUCCCCCAAAUUUAAUGUCCUCAGUCCAGCACUGACAUACAAACUUGGAAGCCCGUAGGUAAAGGCAGUUGUGCCUCAGAGCUGGUACAAAUCUUCCUCCCUUGCAAGGCUUUUCCUCACAGAACCAUCCCUGGGGUACUUCCUGCUGAUGCCUUUGGCUCACUCUCUUCUGGCCACUUCAGAGGUGUUUGAUGACAAACUUAAUCAAGUUUUGUAUCCUCCCAGCAACUCCUCUUCGCACAUCUCUCUGCCACCAUCACCCCAAUACCUAAAACACUCUACAGAUACAUUGUGCUGCAUUUGUAGUUUACCUGUCCUCUCUGUCCUCUUCAGAUCCACACAGAUCUCCUGAAGUCAGGCAGGUGAGUUGUGCCAGCAGCACCCCUGCUGUCAUCCCUGACUGCUUCAUUUCUUGCCUGCUCAGACUUUUCACUUGAAGGACAAGCCUCCAGGCUCUGGUGGGAAUUAAAAGGCCCCAGAGACUGUGGGGUAUAAAUGGGCCGGGCAGAAAAAAAUGGUCUCUGUUAGGAAGAGGUUGAAAAAGGAACCUGGGAGCAUUUUGAGGAGAAACCAAAGAAGCAAGCACCCAUAUUAUAUUUGGGCAGGGAGUUGUCUUACGAAGCAGAUGGCUUUGCUUCCUCCUAGACCUGCCCCCUGAGGCACAGUUAAUACUUUCAUAUUCCCAAAGAAAUGGUCUUUGUAAGAGAGACAGUAUUUGGUUGGUGGAUGCUGAGCUGAGCUGUGGGCACAGGCUCUACUGUCCUGUUCUGUUGCUGACAGACUGGGCUGUGCAAAAGAGCUGCCCAAGGGACCUGAGCCUGGGGAGAUCCCCUGCAAGUGUGUGCAGUAACCACAGGUAUGAAGUAACCACAGGUCAGCCACAAAUGGGUGCCCUCUCUGCCAGUCCCACAGCAAGUACCAGCUCCAGCAGGGGCUGAACACAAUGAGCAACCAGGCUGGUGUGGCUGUGAUGGCACAGCACAGGGCCAGCUCCUGACAAAAUUAAAACCCCAAUCUUAGGAUCAUUUCUUAUUGCAAUGGGACAUGCCCAUAGGCUAGCAAGGGAUGGACAAAGAUGCAGGGGCCUCCAUCUUCCCAAACAAUCCUAGCACAGUUUUUCUAAGGGUAUCCCUUAGAUUUCAUUCCAGCCCUUCUGCCUUUGCAGGUCCCCUGCCACUCCUGUGGUUAGGCAGUUGUUUAAUCUGGGACCAACCAUCGCACAGACACAGCAAACCAGCAGGACAGUUGGCAGUAACCAGCUCACUCCUGGUUCAGCAAAUCUCCUUCACUAAUAACUGUAGUGAUCUAGCAGGCCCUGCAAGGACUCCUGGCCUUCCAAGAAAAAGCCAGGCCAGGAGGGCAGGAAUACAUGUUUCUAGGAUAAGCCAAAGACUGAUAUUUUCCACAUGCAAAGCGUUCGUUAAGCACCAUCUGGGAUCUCGACUAUGCUGUUACUUUACUGCACCUUAAUGCAUUUGUGCUGAUGUUCCCUCUGCUGUACAUUUGGAAUAAAACCCAAUUUUGUAAAACCC